AUGUCCCACAAGAUCGCCGUAAAGUGGUUCCCUAUUUUCCUCGUGCAGGAGGUACUGGCAGCUCAACAGCCAGCGAUAUCCAGAUCCAGGAGCUUUUCACUGGAAUCCAUCCCCACAAAUGUGCUGAUCAUCUCCAGCGUAGUCCUGAUCACUUGUACUUGGAUUGGCUGCGCCUACUUCAUGGCCAAUCACCAUCAGAAGGCGGUCCAGUAUCUCCAGAGCCAACUUGACGAACUGUGGCUGCUGCAGGCCAAGCCCUCCGUUUGGCCACAUGCUCCCUUCAUCCCAAGUGCCCGGGAGCAGAAUCCGUCGGAGUAUAUUCCGCCUAGGGAUCCAGAGGAGCAGGAAAAGGAGGCGCGGGAGAGGGCUGAAAAAGCCAUGGCAUUUUUGGAGACCUUUAACAAACAUAAAGAUAAAGAGUGAGAUAAAACAGAUUUUA